UGAUAAAGAAAUAAUUUAAACGUGGUAAGUACAGUCCCUAUUAUAAUCAGGACAUCUUAACUGUGUCAGCUUUUGUCUAGCUUUUUGUCACCUGUAAUCAUUAGCUUUCUGAUGCAAAACGUCAGCUAGGUCAUGUUUCUUAUCGAACGGUUCAAUAGGGUCAUAGCUGUAAAUGAAGAAAAGAUGACUGACUACGUUAAAAUAUGUUACCUACUUCUCUUCGCACUGGUGUCGAGUGUAGAAGGAUCUGGAUAUUCUUGUGAAGAUAUUGACCCCGCAGCCUGUGCUCAAAUGGCCAAACAAAACGCAAAUUUAUGUUCAGAACCCAUCCUUUCGCAGACGGCAUGUCCGAAAUUAUGCGGGAAAUGUCCAAUAACGUGUUACAACUGCAACACAACAAGUCCUGAUAUAAGCUCUUGCAAUACUGUGACGUGUGACAAGAAUAAGCUGUGCAUGGUUAAAAUGGUGAAAUCCACAAGAACAGGACAUAUAAGAUACUCUCUUGGCUGUGCAUCGGAUACGGUGUGUGAUGGUGGGAGAAAAAGGGCACAACAUGACCGACAGUCGCGUUCAGUAAAAAUCGAUUGCUGUGACGAUGAUCUAUGUAACACCCCGUUAGCGACAACAUUAUCUACAACAGCGUCCACAACAACAUCUACAACAACAAUACUACCAACAACAACAUCAUCAACAGCAGUAUCAACAACAACUAUUACGACUGCUGUGACAACAGCCGAUCCUUGCGCAUCAUCACCGUGUGGCCAUGGCGCAUGCUCAAGACUUACCAGUGGAACUUUCCUCUGUGUUUGUAUGUCUGGGUUUACCGGAUCUCGCUGCGAGAAAGUCGACCCUUGCGCAUCAUCUCCGUGCGUCAAUGGCGUAUGCUCAACACAAAUAAAUGGAGGAAUUCUCUGUACCUGCAGUCCUGGUUUUACCGGUACUCACUGCGACAAAGCCGACCCUUGCGCAUCAUCCCCAUGUGUCCAUGGCGCAUGCUUGAGACUGUCCAAUCAGGCAUUCCGCUGUUCCUGUAGCCCGGGAUAUAUCGGAUCUCACUGUGACAAAGCCGACCCUUGCGCAUCAUCCCCAUGUGUUCAUGGCGCAUGUUUGAGACUGUCCAAUCAGAUGUUCCGCUGUUCCUGUAGCCCUGGAUAUAUAGGAUCUCGCUGUGACACAGCCGACCCUUGUGCAUCAUCCCUGUGUGUCCAUGGCACAUGUUUGACACUAUCAUAUCAGACGUUCCGUUGUUCCUGCAGCCCUGGAUAUACCGGUGUUCGCUGUGACAAAGCUUGUGCACGAGAUAUCGUUGUUGUGGUUGACCAGACAUCUAUAAAUGAUCGAACAGUCAGAAGUUUUCUACGACAGUUAGUUACAAGUAUGAACGUUGGAGUUAAUGGGAUACAAAUGGAGCUCGCAUCUUUUGAUUAUACCGUAUAUCACCACUGGGAGCUUAAUCGGUACAGAGAUAAAUACCGUCUUUCGGCAGCCAUCGGCGGGCUAUCCGCUACAACCCCUAGAGGUUACCCUGAUAUUGUUCAAGCAUACCUCUCCCUAUUAACGUACAACACCAUUAACCAGGCGGGAGGACGGUACGGAGAUCGCCAACAUGUUCCGGAUGUUGCCAUUGUUAUUACCAGAGGCUUCAUUCACACUUUGGAUCAGUAUAACGCACAUCUGCUCCAUUCCUUUUUCACUGGUGGGGUAAUUACCGUUGGAGUAGGCUCUGUCAACCACCCGACCCUUGAUCUCAUUGCAACAGACAGAAGCCAUGCGUUAUAUGUCAACAGUUACGCUGACCUUGAUGCCAAACAUUUUAAAACAAAUAUUUUGAAUCUUAUUUGUUCAUAAGUUUUGAGUGAAAGGUCAAAUACAUUCAAGGAACUGUA